CAUAAACAAGAUGGCGAAGUAGAAAGUUGCGAACCUGAGCAAAAACAGUAUUAAACUAGUAUUGACAAAGUCAAGAAGAAUCAAAAGAUGGAAGGCUGUCCUAAAGCCUUAAUGAUAAACUUUGACUUGAAAGAGCCUGGAUCUGUAGAGAAUGCAUUUGAAAAACCUCUUCGGGAUUACAUCCAAGAAUUUUACCAUGAAGAUCCACAAUCAUAUAGUAACGAGAUACAACAAAUAACACAGCUAAGAAAGAGUAUUGCAAAUGUUCCAAGAGACAAACAGGGAUGCACAAUGUUAAGGAAAUAUUACACACAAUUACACUACUUGCAGUCUAGAUUUCCCAUGGGAGAAGGUGGGGCAGCAGCUAUCCCAUUUGUCUGGUAUGAUGUGUACAGUGGUGAACCAGUUGUAUAUAAAGAUGUGAGAUAUGAGCAAGCAUGUGUUCUGUUUAAUCUUGGUGGUUUAUAUUCUCAACUGGCAUCUAAUGAAGAUCGUAUGUCAGACGAGAGUAUGCGUACUGCUUGCACUCAUUUCCAAAGUGCUGCUGGUGCAUUUCAAUUUCUUAAGGAUCAUUUUUCACUGAAUGAAAUGGUGGAUAUGAAUGAAGAUAUUUUGUCACUAAAGGCUGCUAUUAUGCUGGGACAAGCUUUAGAAUGUAUAAUGGAAAAAUCAAUCCGUGAUGACAGAAAUCCAACUUUGAUUGCACGAAUUGGUAUUCAGAUUCGGGAUUACUUUAAAGAAGGAAUUGAUCAUUUAAACAAACCAGGUGCUUCAGAAAUGGGAUCUACAUUAAAGAAGUUAUGGAUAAAGCAUCUAAACAUCAAAACAUCUUGCUAUGAAGCAAUUGCUUAUACUUACAUGUCAAACGAUGCAGACCAAAAAGAAAAAUAUGGUGAAAAAGUUACUUACUUGAAAGCUGCUUCCGAAAAGAUCAAUGAGGCGUCAAAGCUAUCAAAGAAUCAAUCAGACAGAGUUGUUGAGACUGUUCAAUUUAUUAUGGAUGUUGUAUCCAACAAGUACACUGCUGCUGUUAAAGAAAACGACUUUGUUUACCAUUUGUCUGUUCCAGCACUUUCCUCUCUUGAGGAAAUUAAAGGUGUAAAUUUUGUGAAGGCACUACCCUUUCAACAUGAUGAUGCCAGUGUGGCAGGAACGGAUAUAUUUAAAAAGUUGGUACCAAUGAAAGCUCACGAAUCUUCUUCAUUAUAUAGUGAAGUGAAGGCAAGUCUUCUACGAAAAGUCUCAUCAGAAAUCGAGGAAAAAGAUUUACAAUUAAGUCAGUUCAUGUCAGCAAUGAAAAUUGAGGAUUUAUUAAAUCCAAAAGAGGAUUCCCUGCCAGACGAGUUACUUGCAAAGAAUAUAUUUCUAAAAGAUAAUCCAGACCUGAUCUCAAAAGUUGAAAAAUCUAUUGAAGAGAUUACUAUUAUAACAUCUGAGGUGGAGAGUAUAUUAAAAGGUAUCAAUGAAAGUUUAGAAUCAGAGAAGACUUAUGAAGAGAAGGAACUACCAGAGGAACUGCAGUCUAUGAUUUCUGAAUUUGAUCAGCUUAAAGAUGCUCAUGAGAAAGCUCGUAAAACGAAUAACGAAUUGAUAAAACAUUCAAGUGAAAGUAAAGGAAUGAUUCAGUUUCUUUCUGGUGAUCCUAAAUCAAUCUUGCAAACACUACCAUCCCAAAAUGUUAUUGAUGCUCCAUCGGAUGAGCCUGUGGUGCAAAGAAUCCGAGAAAUCCUUGCUAAAGUCGACAAAAUGAGAAGUCAAAGACAAUAUUUACUUGAUAAAUUGAGAGAAAAGCUCAAUAAGGACGAUAUAACAACCAAGAUUGUUGUGAGAGAUAGUGGCAACAAUGAGGCGUUUUUUGAAGAAGAGAUAAAAAAACAUGACGAAACUGUCAAUCUGAUAUCACAAAAUUUGACAGCUCAAGAGAAUAUUACACAGGCUUUAACAGAACAAAAUGCGAAAUAUGCUACGACAAGACAACAAGCUGGUAUUAUUAGUGCAAAGUUUGAUACACAAGUCAAAUCAUAUCUCACAGUUGUUGCACUAUUCUUAGAAGUAAAAGACAGACUGAGUGGUGGAUUAGGAUUUUACAAACAACUCAACGAUAAUGUGAAGGCUUUACAAGAGAAGGUCACGAAGUACUGUGGUGGAAGGCAGAAGAAAAGACUGCCAAAGAAUGAAGCAAAGAAAGGUCCUCCUGCUCGUCCAACUGCGCGGAAGCCGAAUAUUAUGAUGAAUCCUUCCAAGCCAGCUGAUUUAAUAACUAACUUUCAAGUCAAUCCGAAUCAAAUGCCAGCUCAAUUACCAACUCUACCCCAUAAUCAAUCGCCUGCUCUUUACCAAGGUCCCAGAAUGGUCAAUUCUCAAUCUUCCCUCCCUAGAAUGAAUAUGAUGCAAGAGCCUUUUGGUCAGCCGAGAUUGCCACAACCCUUACCAGAAAACACAUCACCGUUUUCAAGUGCACAAGGAUUACCAAUUUCUCCCUCACAUUCUUGGCAACAACCAAAUGUUCCAAGAUCACCUCACACUGACAUGUCUUUGAGGCAGACUCAAUUAAAUGGUCAUAGAUUUCCCAAUCCACAAGCAAUGGCUGCUCACCAACCUAAUAUGAGAAUGCCUACAUCAGUUCAAGGAUACGAUGGGAUACGAUCACAACAACCACAACCUAUCAGUAUGCGACAAAGUGAGCCGCAAAGGUUUCAUGGACCAGUGAAUUCUCUGAACAGCGCUCAACCAGCAAGUGUAGACGGUUAUAGAUCUAAUGUGACCAGCUCACAGAAUUAUCCUCAGAGUCCAGUUCACCAGAUGCAACAACCAUUUACUAACCAUCGAUUUCCACAAGACCAAAUAUCUUUACGUCAACAGAUUCAACCUAGACAGUCACAGUUUCCAUCGCAACAAACACCCGUUCAUUCUAGAUUGCCACAACAAGUGUUCCGACCACCUCACCAAGCUUCACCCAACUCAGUAAGUCAAUUACCACAGUCGAUUCCACAUACACCACAGCUGCCACAACAUACACCACAGCUGCCACAACAUACACCACAGCUGCCACAACAUACACCACAGCUGCAACAACAUACAUCACAGCUGCCACAGCAUACACCACAGCUGCCACAACAUACACCACAGUUGCCACAACAGCCAAUCAAACAGUUGCAUCAGUUUCCUCUCCAGCCGUCAAAUCAAACACCAAAUCAACCACGUCAGCAAUCACCACCACAACAACGGCAGCAGCAAAUGCAACCACGCCUGCACCUGUCAGGGCAACAACAUAUGCAUCCACGUCAACAGAUACCACUGCAGGGACAGCCACGUCCACAGUUUCCACAGCAACAACAAAUACAACCUCGUCAGCAGUUUCCACAGCAACAACAACAGCAGCUGCAUCAUGUUUUUCCACCACAACAACCGCAAUCCCAACCGUUCUCACAACAACAACAACAGCUUUUUACCCAACAACAACAAUUACACUCAGAAAAACAAUUGCCGCAUCAAAAAAACAUGCAGCCGCAACAACAGCCAUCACUGCAGCCUACGCAGCAGUUUUCUCCCCAUAAACCAGUUGAGCCACAAGAAUUUCGACAACAACCAAUGCAACCGCAGCAACAAUAUUCACGAAACCACGAUUCACAGCUAUUUCUCCGACAACAGAUGCCAAUACGUCAACCAUUACAACCUCAGCAGAGUUUAAUAGCUCCUCAUCAACCUGUUUCGCCACAAACACAGUUGCAACAACCAUGGAAGCAGUCAUAUCAGCAAUCUGACCCACAACAGCAAGCAACACCUUCGCAACAACAAAACCAUCAGCACCCGAUUAAUUCAGGAAGUCAGUCUUUCUUUAAUCAAGUUCCAAUAAAUGAUUCGUUACUACUUAACGGACAUAAACUACCAGCACCACUUAUGCCAGAAAAACCUGGAAAUCAAAAGCCGCAGACUGGAUCAGAAAAUCCUGAACUAUCUCCUGUUUUGCCAAGGUCAAUGGAAAAUUCUUUUCCACUGAAAAUCGAAAACGAAAAUUUUAUGAUUUCGCAAGGGAAUGCUGGCGUAACUUUCAUGCAUCAUACCUCUUCUCAUCAAAUGCUACCUAAUAUGUUUGCAUAUCCAAGCCAAUCUUUUCAACGCGACGUCACCAGCCAGCCCCCUAUAGUAAGGACUAUGUCUGUUGGUACACACGGCGAUGUAUAUUCCGAGUUAAUAACACCAAGAAAAACAGUGGUUGGUCAAUCGGAUAGUGCUGUGCCAAGUGGCUUUGUCGUAAUCAACCAAUCGCGUGUUACUCCAACUGCACCUAAUGCACCCGCAGUUCCUCUACUGAAUGAAUUUACUAUCCAAUCUGGUAAUAUCACACAGCAACCCACUAGGUCUCCAUUGAUGACUCCUCUAGUGCCAGCCCAGCAAGGAUCAAACAAUUUACCUUUUAACUAUCAAAAUGUCCCCACACCGUACGUGGGUCCGAUAGUGACAUCGACAUCAUCUGGUCUGUUAUUUACUGCAAAGCCAACAAUGUCUCCUUCAAGUGAUCCUGUUAUAUCAAAUAUUCUUGGUAAACCUGUUGAUCCUGUAGACAAGGUGCAAUAUCCGGAGCUUGCACAAAUUGGAUUUCAACAAUUUCAACUGCAACAAUAUCUGCUGCAGCAACAACAAGUGAUUACCAUGCUGCAGAACCAACAAAAUUUGCAACGGUCGGAAGAAGAUACUAAAAUUCAUACUUUGCAGAAUCAAAUCGUGGAGCAACAAAAGCUUAUUGAAGAUUUAGUGAAAGAACACAAAGGCUUAAUAAAAGAGCACAACUACCAGGAAUUCCAACAAAACUUAGACAAAAUCAAACACAGUGAAUAUCAAAAAUCUAAGCAAGAAGAACAGCAGAAUUUUAUUUUGGAACAGCAGCAAAUAAUCAUGAACUUACUCAGACAGUCUGAACAUCUUCCUCCCUCGCCGAGUACCACGCAUUUUUCUAACACGUUAAGUCAACUAAGUGAUGAUAAACGUGAUAAAAAUAUUAUUGUCGUCAACCCUUUGGUCCAUGAAGAGAACGCAACUACGACAACAACCUCUACAACUACAAAAGAUGUUAUAAAGAAUAUAGCUCUGUCAUCUGUUUCAAAUCUUCCAACCAUUUCCACAUUAAGCCAACAAACUUUGCCUAUGCAAACAGCUUCUUCGACUACUAUAAAAAGUAAUCUCGUGUCUACGGUUUCUUGCACCGAGCUGAGUGAUACUAACACAAGCUUCGACGUGGUAUCUAAAAAUGAUACUAACCGAUGUAUUCACGGACCUAUCGUAUCAACAUCGCCGAAUCUUGUGACUUUAGAAGCAACCAAUCUUAAUGCAUCAGUUCAACUUCCUUCCAGAGUAUGUACUAUACCACAGAAUGUUCCUGAAGAGAGCCUGUCGGGUCAUGAUCCUUUUUAUGAACCCAAAAUAGACAGUAUAGAUAAUGAAGAGCUGAUGCUCAUAUUUCCAAGGAAUGUAGAAGAGGGCGAGAGAGAAGUAGAUCUGGUGUCCAACAAGAACCUGAAUUCCGUUGAUUCCUUGUCCAGUGAUAAUUCGGAUUUGAUUUUACCUCGUAGCGACGAAGAAAGCAAGAAUAUUUCUCCUAAGGACAAUGCUGAUGAAGUCGAUAAAAAUAUUCCUGAACGAAGUAAUAUAUUUCGUGGGGAGAAUAUUCCAGCAUUGGAUAGUAAAUUUUGCAAUGUAGACAAGAAAAAUGAAAAAGCGAUAGAGCAGGUGGAAAAAGGUAUUGUUGAUGUUGAAGACGAAACAGGACUAUCUCAUGAUGACAUUGAUAAGAUUUUACCGAGGAGUGCCGAAAACAAAAAACCUGCGGAGAUGAGACAAACUAUUCCAAAAGUGAUUGAUGUUUCAAGAAAUGAUGAACCAGCAAUAUCCGCGAGUGAAGACGGUCCUGCGUCUCCCUUGCCAGAUGAUACAUUGCGAGGAAAGAACGAUACUGUUGAUAAUAAAUCUGAAAGUAAUGAAGCUGUGACGACGACUGAUAAAGACGAACCGAUUUGUGCAAGUGGUACUAAAAAUACAGAACAAAAGAAUAAACAAGACACAACCAAGGUGAUAGAACAAAAUACCUCCUACAGAAGUGAAAAUGAACAAGACAAUAAAUCAACAAACAGGUCGAAUCAAAAUACGCCAUCUCCAACAUCCAGUUCAUCUCCUACAUCUCUUAUAUCUCCAUCAAUUCCUGCAUAUGUUGCUAGUCGUAUUGCUGGAGCUAAAUCUCCACCUGGAAGAAAGAUCAGCGCAAAAUCCACACCUAAUAUUGCUCGAAAAAUCAGUGCCAGGUCUUCUCCUGUUAUAGCUAGAAAAACUAGCUCGAAGUCCUCACCUAAUGUCUCUAAUCUAUCCUCGCCUAAUUUGUCUGCACGUUCUUCGCCGAUUCCACAGCAGUCGGUGCAGUUAGACGAUGUGGAUAAUAAAGAGAGAUCGCUGUCGACUUUAAUUGAUCACAGACAUUUAGCUCGUCAAUUGGGAAGAUUAUCUUUUUAUGUCAGCGAACCGGACGAGAUUGUUUGGAGAAGUUACAUCAAAGAGUUGGAAGUCUCAGUGAAUAAACUUCGUGAAGAAUGCAAGAAUUUGUGCAAACCUGUUGUUGAUAAUGAAAACGAAGAUGGUUUUGGGUUGAUUUGGAAGGAUCUGGCGAAGGUUGAAACUCUUGACGUACGAAAUUUUACCUCAUGUGGUGGUGAAUCAAAUAUUUCAAAGAAUAGAUACAGAGAUAUACUUCCUUGGGAUCACACAAGCGUCAAGAUUACAAGUCUACCCAACGAUUAUAUUAACGCAAGUUUCAUCGAGGAUUUAACACCGCUGUCGCCACGAUACAUUGCUACUCAAGGACCUAUCCCACAAUGCUUUGAGGAUUUUUGGACCAUGAUAUGGGAGCAAAAGUCAUCUAUUAUUGUCAUGCUAACAAACGAGAUUGAAGGUCAUAGGCUAAAAUGUCAUCGUUACUGGCAAAAGGAAAUCGACACUCCUAUCGAGUACGGUAAUAUGGUGGUGAUAUUGAUGGACGAGACAGUGUCCUCUGCUUGGAAAAUUAGAACGUUCACAAUUUUAAAUAAAAAGGGUGAUGACACUAGGAUAGUGAAGCAGCUACAGUUCACUUCAUGGCCUGAUUACGGUACUCCAGAAACUCCCUACGAAUUGCUUGCUUUCACCGAGGAGGUAUAUGAGUACUAUCAGAAAUAUGAUCCGUCAUUUGCGUACCCCAUUGUUCUACAUUGCAGUGCUGGUGUAGGAAGAACUGGCUCGUUUUGUUGUAUAUAUUCAGCCAUUCGUGAAAUUGAGGGACAAAAUAACUUGAUUCAAAUCCCUGGAGUUGUUCGCAAGUUGAGACAAUGUCGCCCACAUAUGGUGCAGCGAAAAGAACAACUAAUUUUUUGCUAUCAAGCUAUUCUUUGCUUCGCUCAACAGUUUGUGUCCACAGAAAACAUGAAGUUAGAAACCACUCGUCAGCAGAGUUUUCAAAGCUCAAGUUCACUUGAUACUGGUGAUGACUCGUUAUUUCUCUCUGCUACCAGCCAACAACUACUUAACAUGAAGAACGCCAAAUCUUUAGAACCAUUAAGUGGAGCUGAACCGCCCGUUGAUGUUGGCGGUGGCGCCCAGUCACCCAAUUUACCAGAGUUGCCCAAUUAUCCUAGUUUGGGAAUCAUACCCUGCACGCCGCCAUCAGCGAAGCUUACUGCUGAAAGUAAUAACGAGACGACAGACUUUGACUUCAAAGAUGCGGACGACUUAUCGGAAGGUAGUAGUGCAAGCGCGCCAAAAUUUAAAAUUAAUUCUGAGAUCUUUCAGUCUCCAAGAACAACUGGAAGCGAACCCACUCAAGAAAACGUACCGGAAAAUUAACCUUUGAUAAUCAUCAUACGUUAUGUGGGUUUUUGAGAGGUUGUGAAUUUUCAGCAUUCUGCAUUAUUCUUGUAUUAUACUAUUUCUUUCCUAUUUAAACAUUGUGUUAUAAAUUCUUGUGUAUUUAGUUGAAAUUUUUCUAUUUUUUAUUAGUCAAAAGCAUUUAUUUUUUAAUAAUUAUAUUGAACUUUUCAUCCUUUUCUCUUGCGCUUAAUUGUAGGGAUAAUUGGGAUGCAUUUUAAAGUGAAAAAAAAAAUGAUUACAAUAUGACAUUCUCUUUCUCACAAUACUUAAUCUAUUUUUCCAGCUGUUAAUUCUUGCGAACAACCUGAAAUUCAAUGUGUAAAAAACGUCUUUAUUCGUAACCCUACUAUAAAUUUUUUCCUUUCCGCUUUCAAGCGUCUUCUCUAAGAGUGUGUAAGUUUUAGUUUUAAAUGAAUUUAUAACAUAAAUUAAUUUUUUUGCUUGUUAUCACAUCACAUUUGUUUACGUAAACAAUCUUUAAAUAUGUGCUUUCCACAGUUAUGUUUUGUAUUAUUAUGAAGAAAAAAAGUUUCCAUGUCUUUCUUCACACCCAAUCACAUUUG